AUGACAGCUAAAACAAUUGGAUUUAAAAAAGCAAUUUAGAUUAUUGAGGAUGAACAAUAAAAGAAAUUAGCAGAUAUAGAAGAGAAAACUAAAGCUAAUAUAGAAUAUGUUGAAGCAUUGCUGAGUAUGAUCAUUCAAUUUUAAUCUAAUAUCAUUUUUUAACUAGAUUAAUUAAUUAAGAUGGUAAACAAUUGGAUUCAGAAUAUUUAAUUAAAUGGAUAAUUUGAAAAAUACAAAUAUAGCUUUUUUGAAGAAUUAGAUAAAUUAAUAAAAGAUCCAAAAAGUCUCUCAACUAAUCCAAUAAUUAAUAAUAUUUCUAAAAUAAAUUAAUCAUAGAAAUCUCUCCUUAAUUAAGAAUUAUAAUGGUUUAGGGAAUUUAAAGAAUAUAGCCUCUCAAUACUUUCAAAUAUUUAAAUCGACUAAAAUUUUGAUUGUGUGAAACUUUAGACAGAAUAAAAAAAUUUUGACCAUGCUUAAAUCAAGGUUCGAAAUUUAUAUUAUAUUAACAACCUUUAGAUCUAUAUGUAUCCUAAGAUUUUAACAUUUUAGCCUCUUUUUUAACAUAAUGAUAUUUAAAUGAGGGAUAAUGGAAAAACUGUUGAGCUUGGUGGUUAUAAACAAGGUUAUUGUAUAUGUGAAUGAGUAAUCCCUAAGACUGGUAAAAUACACUUUGCAUUCGAAAUACUAAGAGUUAGUUGGUGGUGUAAAAGUAGGUUCUGGAUUUAGAGAAAUGAUUUAAUAAAAUGGAUAUAAAGGUGAUGGUUAGGGAUAAGGGUAUUCAAUAUUAUAAUUAAGAUAGAUCAUAUUUAUUAAGUAAUGGCGAUUCUUAACAUUUCCAUCAUUCUGCUAAUACUCAAGGAAAGGCAUUUAAAUUCUAAUCUAGUGAUAUACUGAUAAUAGAAGUAAGUAUAGAAUAGAAAUAUAUAAAAUGGAGUAAAUAGAAUUCAUAAGAUUAUCUAGUAGAAUAUCAAAUAUAUUUAGAUUACCGAAAUUGAUACAUUGUAUCCAUGCGUAUAUAUUGACAAUUCAAAAGUGAAAAUUAAGGGUAUAUUAUGA